GACAAGUCAUCACUCACUCUGUUUAAAAUGCUGGAAUUAAAGCUGAACAACGCGGUGGUAUUGCGUCGUAUAUUCGACUGCAUACGUGAUUUGAUUACCGAUGGAAACAUCGACUUUGAUGCCACUGGAAUGACCCUGCAGGCCCUGGACGGCAACCACAUUGCGCUCGUGCACCUCAAGCUCUACGAGAGUGGUUUCGUGCUCUACAGAUGCGACCGUCCGCGCGCCCUUGGAAUCAAUAUAAACUCUGUCACCAAGGCGUUCAAGUCUUGCACAAACAACGAUUCCGUGCUCAUCCAGAGCGAAGAAGACAAGGAUUUGAUUACCUUCAUCUUUGAAAAUAAUGUUGAGGACCGUGUUUCGAGCUUCUCGUUAAAGCUCAUGUCGAUUGAGCAAGACGCUUUGAGUAUUCCCGAAAACACAGAAGGAUUCGACGCUGAAAUCACCCUGAGUUCCAAGGAGAUUACCAACAUUUGCAAGCAAAUGAAUGAGUUUUCAGAUACAAUCAAGAUGGACGUUUCCAGAAACUCCAUCACAUUCUCAACCCAGGGAGACUUGGGUCACGGUGAAGUUGUCUUGAGGAAUCGUCCUCCCUCCUCCGAAGGAGAUUGUGGAGUUACCAUAAAGGUAAAGAACCCAAUUAAGCAGUCGUAUGCAACAAAGUACCUAUCAAUGUUUACCAAGAGUGGUUGUUUAAGUGACACUGUAACUUUUGGACUGAGUCAAAACAGGCCAAUAGAAGUACGUUAUGAACUAAGAGAUGCUAUUGGAGAGUCUGUUUCACGUCACGGACAAGUUUUGGGAGAACUCAAAUUUUACCUCGCACCAAAGAUCGAUGAUGACAUUGAAACUGAUUAGUUUUGAAUAAUACACUAGGGAUUCUGGUGGAUAAUCGAUACGAUCCACAGGAACAAUCGUUU